AUGAGUGGUUCAGGACAUCCAUUUCCGAUAUGGACCCCUCCUGAAAUUAUCUCGACUUACUCGGAGAAGGGCAUAAACUGUUUGUUCGAUUGGCAAACCGAAGUCUUAGAUUGGGCCGAAGAAAGCGAUGACAAUAUUGUGUACUGUGCUCCAACUAGUGCUGGCAAAAGUCUUGUCGCAGAACUUAUUGCUCUGCGGGUGGCGCUCACAGGCAAAAGGGUGUUGUUUCUGUUACCGUAUAUUUCAGUUGCGAAGGAAAAGUUGCGAUUUCUUCAGCGUGCAUGGCGACGCGUCGACAUACAGAUGGCAGCUUUUGUUGGUCCUCAAUCCGCCCCGUCAAGGGAGUGGACUGCUGCCAUAUGUACCACGGAAAAAGCGAACAGUCUCCUGAAUCAUGCAAUACUUGAUGGUCUAAUAAAUGAAAUUGGUCUCAUCGUGGUUGAUGAACUUCACAUGAUCUUUGACUCUUCCCGUGGUAUUGUGCUGGAAUCUCUUUGCAGUAAGAUAAAUUUGUGGAAUUCGCGCAAUUCUUCAAGUAAGAUUCGAGUGAUAGGAAUGAGUGCGACGCUAGAAAAUUUGAUUCAAAUCCCAACUACAGCAUCUUCGGAUUACGUAGUAUUCGAAACACAAUUUCGUCCUGUACAGCUGCAUGAGCGUAUUUGUUGUGAGGGCCACAUCAGCGACCUGAGUAGUGGCCACAUCAUCAGGGAUGUGCCAAGGCGGUUUCGGACAUUAGAAGAUCCGGAAUGUGUUCUUGGUUUGGCAGCCGAAGGAAUUUUUCUAAGGAAGCUUGUUCUGGUGUUUAGCUCAUCUAAGGCUGAUGUAGAAAAGAUAGCUCUUGAUUUGGCGAAAAUUUUGGACGGGAUCUAUCGAUCAAACCAUGUCAUUGCUUCUCGGGUGGACCGCUCAGCUCUUUCUGCCAUUCAAUCAAACAUACAAAAAGCGACUGGUACCGUUGAUGCUGUACUUUUAAAAACGCUUCCAAGAGGAGUUGCAUUCCAUCAUGCAGGCUUAACCUCCGAGGAAAGAGAGUGCAUAGAGCAAGGAUUUCGCGAUGGCACCAUUAUGGUUCUCGUGGCCACAAGCACUCUUUCAUCAGGCGUUAACCUGCCUGCUGGUAGGGUCGUCAUCAAAAGUCAAGUCCGUGGUCCUGCUGCGAUCAAUGCUACUACGUACAAGCAGAUGAGUGGACGAGCCGGACGUCUAGGACAAGUGGAAAUAGGCGAAAGUAUACUUGCUGUGAAGAAGAGCGAUUUUCAAGAAGCGCUCCGUCUCAUUCGAUUCACGCCGAGCAGUUCUUCGCAGAUAACCAGAGAUCACACAAGGCUGACGCUUGAGUGCAUUUGUGAUGGAUUGGUAACGAACACGCUAGAAGUGGAGGAAAUUUCUCGCGUUACGCUAUUCAAACCUCUUAGGAGUGCGGAAGACGUUCUAUGUGAUUUGGUUAAGAAUCGUUUCUUAAUUGUAGACGAAGAGAAAACUGAAGAUCAAAGCUCUCCUUCUUUGUUGCCAACACAACUGGGACGCGCAACUCUAGUUUCUGCCCUCCCUCCCGAUGCAGCUCUGUUUGUGUUCAGUGAUCUUCUACAGGCUACAAAAGCAAUUGUUUUGGACACAGAGCUGCAUAUGCUGUAUCUCGUUACACCAGCGAAUAGUUCUGUUUGGCAAGGAUGCGACUGGAACCAUCUGCUCACAAUCUUCUCGAAAUUGAAAAGCGAAGAAAAGAGAGUAGCGAAAUUGGUGGGAGCAAAUGAUGGAUUUCUUCUAUCACGUCUCCGAGGUGCAAGCGUUGCCAACUAUGACCGUAACUAUCAGCUUCACCUCCGAUUCUUCUCAGCGCUCGCCCUUUUCGAUGUCAUCAACGAAAAGCCGAUCGACCAGGUUGCAGCCCGCUUCCGAAUCAGCAGAGGAACGCUCCAAACGUUGCAGCAACAAAGCGCCACCUAUGCUGCUAUGGUCGUUGCAUUUUGCUCUCGACUGGGAUGGACGUAUUUGCACGAUCUCCUCAGAAGCUUCGCUGCUCGGCUGGCAUUUGGUGUACGUAGAGAGCUGACUGAAUUAGUCUCCAUCGAUGGCCUCGAUGCCACUCGAGCCAGGAUUUUCCACGAUCACGGCAUCACUUCGUUUGCUCAGUUAUCUAACUGUACCACGAAAAAGAUAGCAGAGAUCCUUUCAUUGGCUGUACCAUUUAAUAGUGACAAUUCUGCCGACGGAUUGAAUGAAUGGCUCUUUGGUGAGGCACGUAUGCGACUGGAGGAGGCCGCUGAGUUAGUGAAGGAACGUGCAUCGAACUCGGUCAAAGAACAUCUCCGCUCCCUCGGACUCAAUGUGGACUGUGUGAACCAGCUGUCACAAAGCGUGCGUACUCUUUCCAGUCCACAAGAGGAUGACUCUAGUAUAGAAAGGCGAUCCGCUGUUUCUUUGGUGGAUGAGAGUGAAAAACUUACUGCUUCUAACGUUCCGGAAGACCCAACUAACAAAGCUUUAUCUCCUGUGGUUUCGGAGAUAACUUGGAGAUCGGUUGCACAAGAGACUGAGAACAGCAUUUCUGACAAAGCUGAACUCACUGAUAGCAUUCUGGAGGAGAAUAGCGUUGAUCUGUUCAGUGAAAGCAUGGAAGAGCUUACAAUUGACGACAACUUGUCAUCUCGUAGACUAUCAGCAGCGAACAAAGAGGAACAGUUCGAAGAAGUCGAUGAUUUAGAAAGCAGUCUUCUGAAAGUUUCUAUGAUCUGCGACAAAGAAAAUCAGGAACCAAAUUCUGCCUAUGAUCUUCCGGAUUCAUUUCCAGCUACGUGCUUGGACGGAUACGUACGUACUUCUGCCGAUUCUGGCUACAGAUCCAUGGCAGGGUGUUCUCCUUUGACAAACCGUGGAAUAUUGGGUGAACGAAAGAACACACCUUCUUCGUAUUCUUUCGAACAACAUCCUUCUAGUAAGAGAACCAGAGAGACCGCAGUUGCUAAUUCUCCCUCUUGUGCCAGUCCUUUAGGAAAAGCGUCGCGCCUUGAUAGAGUUUCCACUGCAGCCACGGAAUUGGAGAUAAAUGAUGUUUGCAGAAGUGAAUCUGCUUGGAACUACUUCAUCCAACGCAGCUCGUUGUGGACCAAAGUCGGCGUGGCUUUAGCCACAAAGCGUCAUGAUUCUGCUGAACAGAACGUUGUGCAUGGGAUCUCUUUCUGCACAUCUGAGGGUGCACCUCAUUAUAUCCCUCUUAGCGAAGAGUAUUUCCCAGGUAACGAAACGGAAGAAGCAUUGUGCCCAUCAUUUACUCCUUCACAGUCAAUCGCAUUGGAGGAACGGAUUUCCUGUGUCGCGUCCAUAUUGAAAUCCUGCGAAGUAUCGUUGAUCGAUGCACUAAGAGACUGCUGUCUAGUAUGGAAUGCUCUGAAACUGAAGAUUUCGCAGCCGCUCUGCGUUUGUUACACGGCGUUCCUCUCACAUUUGCGAGCUGGUGAGCGACCGCUGGCAAUCCGUGAAAUUGUCGCUAAAUUUAGAUGGGAUUUUGAUGUGGGGCGACUGCUUCGAAUGAAUCCUCGGAUAUCUGCUGCUGUACAGUCUUACCUAGCUCCAAGGUUAAUAGAGCAUCUUUCACCUCUUGUGGUUAACCGUUCUUCUGCUGAGAGUUUAUGGCUGGAAUCGCGUUCUAUGCAGAUUGUCAACAACAUAUGUCUCGGUGGUUUUUUCUUCGAUGUUGGUCUGUGCUCGUCGUUGGUACAGAAAUUGAAGAAAAAGACGGAGCAUCUCGAACGGGAGUGUUUCGAGUUGGCUGGUCGUAGCUUUAAUCUUGAUAGUCCUUCUCAAGUUGCCGAGGUGCUUUUCUCUCGUCUGAACUUGUCGUAUCCUGGUGGAAAGACGUCCAAAAAGCAUAUGUCUACAGGCAAAUCUGUAUUAGAACAGAUGAGGAUGCAACAUCCGAUUGUUGACAACAUCCUCCUAUACCGACGUCUCAGACAUGCAAUAGGACAAUGCAUUGUACCUCUUCAACGGUGCGUCUGUGGCGAUGGAUUUGUGCGGUCGCGAUGUGAUAUGUACACCUCCACUGGGCGAAUACUGUGUAUGGAACCGAACUUGCAGACUACACCGAAGGACACGUUGAUAGACGGGAUUGGUCUGCGACAUCUCUUCAGAGCACAAGAAGGUUGUGUUUUGGUGAACGCAGACUAUAGCCAACUUGAACUGCGUGUUCUUGCUCAGCUCAGUGGAGAUUCUUCUCUAAUCACACAUCUUAGCAGUGGUCGCGAUAUUUUUGCGGAAUUAUCAACGAAAUGGCAAGUUUCACGCGAUACGGUGAAGAAACUCUGUUAUGGAAUCAUCUAUGGAAUGGGCUGCAAAACACUCUCUGAAAGUAUUAAGAAAACUGUGGAAGAGGGGAACGAACUGAUGCAAAGUUUCUUCAAGUCAUUUCCUAAAGUGCGCACUUACAUCAACAGCACGAAGGAAAAAGCUGUCACUACUGGAUUUGUCUCAACUUUCUUAGGUCGGCGACGGGUGGCCUGCAGUGCUCGAGGCCGGCAAGAGGAUGUGGCUAGAGACGAUCGUCAAAGCAUCAAUUAUACGAUACAGGGAACGGCUAGUGAGAUUUUCAAGAAAGCACUAGUAAGGCUUGACGAAACAAAACAAGGAGCUACACGGAUAGUGCUUACGAUCCACGAUGAAAUCAUCGUUGAAUGUGCGGCAGAAGAAGAGCAAAACGUGAAACGUUGGCUGCGCAACUGUCUGGAGAACGUGUUUCCUGAGUUCAAAGUUCCCUUGCCUGUGAAGAUUCGCUCGGGACCAAACUGGGGAUCACUGUCUUAG